AUGGGCUAUGACUCACACAAUAAUCGCAAUCCCCGAGUCUUCAAGUUUCAAGAGUUGGUGGACUUCUUCCACAGACUAUCCUCAGUGAAAAGAGCAGAUAAUACCGGGUUCGACGAGUUUGGUAAAGCAUCGGUCACCGAAAGACGUCGCAUCAUCAUCAAUGAAUUCUUGGACAGCUGGAAAGUCUUUUACAAAGACAAUGUUCCAUUCUAUACCAUUCUCCGCAUGAUAUUGCCUGAUAGAGACCGCGGGAGGUCGUAUCAUGUCAAGGAAAAAUCAAUGAGCGUCAUGGUUGCCAAAAUGACAGGGCUCAGUAAAGACUCCGACGAAUACAAAAGAUUGUUCAAUGGGGAUUUGUUUUCAGGCCAAGCCAAACAUGGCAAACUUCAAAAGAUUGCGUCAAUGAUGGCGGAUAUCAUUUCCAUUAGACAACCAGACGUCAAAGGAGCAAAAUAUACCGUUCUUGAAAUCGACGGAAUUUUGAAUCAAUUAGAUCAAAGAAACUCCCCAAGUCAGCAACAACAACAACAAAAUACCCAGUCCCAAUCAACUCAGAAGUUUCGAAGCCUGCAAGAUCAGCAACGGCUCUUGUGGGAAGUGUUCUCCAAUAUGAAUCACCAGGAAUUGAAGUAUAUGAUGUUGAUUAUUUUGAAAUCAAGAUUCAACGGUCAUUCAGAAACCGCAAUCUUAAGAGCCUGGCAUCCUCAAGCUCCAGAAUUUUUUUCCGUCACCAGCAGCUUAGAGGCAGUAUGUAACAGACUCUUGGAAUCAGUCAAACUAUCCACCAAAGAAUUGUCAGUGCAAUUGAUGCAACCGUUUGCUCCAAUGUUGGCAUCGCAUCCAAAGUUAUCUUAUCAAAAAGUGGUUGAAAGCUAUGAAAAAUCAUUUGACACUUACACAAAAUACCUUCAAAAAAUCGAUUCUAAUCGGCCAUUGCCUGAGUUUGAAGGGUUUUAUAUCGAAGAGAAGCUCGAUGGUGAGCGUUUACAGAUCCAUAUGAGUAGAAUUGAAGGGACUUCGGAAUUUGAAUUCAAGUUUUUCAGUAGAAGGGCCACAGAUUAUUCUUCUGAUUAUGGUACUUCCAAUGAUACUGGCUCAUUGGCAAAAUACUUCAAGAAAGUGAUUGGUGAAAAGCAUUUAUCAGCUAUCAAAAAUCUUAUCCUUGAUGGAGAAGUUUUAAGUUAUGAUAUGAAGAGAGAUGUGGUUUUACCAUUAGGUACAUUGAAACCCACCAAUAUUGAAACCAUUCAUAAUAGUGAUACUUUCCGGCCGCUUUACGUGAUAUUUGACAUUUUAAUGAUCAACGAUAACCUUGUGUGCAAUAAACCAUUGAAGAUUAGAAAAGAUUUGCUUAAAAAUUUAAUCAAACCAUUGCACGGUUACAUUGAAUUGGUUGACAGCCAUGACGGGAGGACUGCUGAAGAUAUCCAACACGCAUUACAAGAGGCGAUCGAAUCAAAUUCUGAAGGGAUUGUGUUGAAGGAUAAGUACAAAAAAUAUGAAGUGGACGCCAGAAACGAGAGCUGGGUGAAAGUGAAACCAGAAUAUUUACAGGAAUUCGGGGCAGAUAUGGAUUUAUGUAUCAUUGGUAAAAUCCCCCAAAUUAAAACCUCCUACGUGUGUGGACUACGAGUCGGUGAAGUUGACGAAAUCAAUGGUAAUGUUUACGAGUCAUUUUGCAGUAUUGCCAAUGGUAUAUCUUCUGCAGAUUAUGAAAAAAUCGAAUCUUUGACAGCGGGGUGUUGGAAAGAAUAUGAAAAAGAAGUUCCUCCAGAAUCGUUACUCCAAUUCGCCCUUCCAUCAAAAAAUGGUCCCGGUAGGGUUCCUAGGUUUUGGAUUGACCCAAAGGAUUCGGCGGUGCUUCAGAUUAAAGCCAGAGAUAUUGAGUAUGGAUUGUACGGGAAACGUUAUAAAGUAGGAUCGACGGUGCUUUCCGGAUAUAUGAAGGCCAUCAGAACUGAUAAAGAUUGGAGAUCAUCAAUGUCUUUAGAAGAGUUUUUGGCGUGGAAAGACCGGUAUAAGACCCAUGCGAGCAAAGCCAGUGAUAAAUUACAUACGAUUGAAGCUAAACGGGCCCGGAAAACUGCCAAUAACCGAAAAAAGUUGAAGCUCGACGAGGAUUAUUUGAAAUCCGUUAGUAUGGACUCAUUUCUUUUUGAAGAUAUGAAGUUUUACGUUUUAAGUGACUAUAACUCCAGAGAAACUGGAAGAGUGGAAAUUGACAAGAUUCAAGAAUUGAUCAAGCAAAAUGGAGGACAAAUCUGCAUUACCGAGCAGCCAGAUCUAUCAAAAGCAGAUCGAUUCAUCCCAUUAAGCUCUCGGAAUACCCACAUUACUAAUAGUUUUUAUAAACUUGGGUAUGAUAUCAUCAGUCCAAGCUGGGUGUUUGAUUGUAUUGAUUCGCAUCGGAUUCUUCUCCUUGAGCCAAGACAUUGUUUUAAAGUUUCGGAAGAAGUGUUGAGUAGUGCCGAAAAAAGAGUAGAUAAAUAUGGAGAUAGUUUUAUUGGAUUAUUGACUAAUAAUCAAUAUAAGAAACUUAUUGAUAAUCUCGGACAACACCAGGUUGAUGAUUCCAAAAUCACCAUAGAAUUCCAAGAGGAAACUGAACAUAUUGAUAUUGAUGACAAAUACCCGGGAGGUUUGCUUCAUGAUGUGAUGGUUCACAUUGUUCCGUUAGAGAAACUCCUCCCCACCGAAGAGAUCAAUUCAUUUGAAUUCUUAACUAAUAAUUUAGAUUUGAGUUUGGAAUGCCUUAAAUUGAAAUAUUUCAUGGAUAUAUUUGAAGUUGAUAAGAUCAAGAGAUCUAUAAAAUCUCACGGGGGAGGGUUUACAGAAGAUAUCGAUACGGCAACUUUGAUUGUUGUCCCACAGUAUUUGAAGAAAUAUAAUACUGAUUUGAAUCAGUUUAACGAGUUUAGGGAAGCCAUUUUCGAAAUUUAUGAAAACAAUUUGCAAGAUGAGAUAAAGAGAAUACGGAAAGAGAUUGCAAAGAGAAUCACCCUUGUUGAGGGUGAUAUUUCGGGAAAAAUUCCCAGGGUUGUUAAUGAGAAGUACAUUUCAAACUCCAUUGAAGAAGAGUGUCUUCUUGAUGCUGAACACAAACUAUAUCAAGUGGGAAUGCCAUAA